AUGGCUGACGAGAAUGGCUCUGAGCCGCUCAAGCGCGAUGUUCGCAACCACAUGCUCUUCGAGGUGGCGACGGAGGUAGCCAACCGAGUUGGCGGCAUUUACUCGGUGCUCAAGUCGAAGGCCCCAGUCACAACGGCUGAGUACGGCGAACGCUAUACUUUGAUCGGGCCUUUGAACCGAGCUUCAGCAGCCGUAGAGGUUGAAGAACUCACUCCGUCCAGUCCAGCCAUGCGCGAUACCAUCGCUUCUAUGAAGGAACGUGGCAUUGAGAUUGUCUACGGUCGCUGGCUGAUCGAGGGUGCCCCGAGGGUGUUGCUCAUCAAUACCGGGACGGGUUACCGAUGGCUGGACGAGUGGAAAGGCGAUCUGUGGAAUACCUCCGGCAUCCCGGCUCCCGCUGCCGAUCACGAAACCAAUGAGGCGAUCGUCUUUGGAUACCUGGUUGCUUGGUUCCUCGGUGAGUAUAUCGCUCAUGAACGCCGUCGGGCUGUGGUCGCUCAUUUCCAUGAGUGGCUGGCUGGUGUAGCGUUGCCAUUGACCAAGAGACGCCACAUGGAUCUGACUACCAUCUUCACCACACAUGCUACUCUGCUGGGUCGCUAUCUCUGUGCUGGCUCGGUGGAUUUCUACAACAAUCUCCAGCAUUUCGAUGUCGAUGCUGAGGCUGGAAAGCGCGGGAUCUACCACCGGUACUGCAUUGAGCGCGCGGCUGCACACAGUGCGGACGUCUUCACUACAGUUUCGCACAUUACGGCCUUUGAGAGUGAGCACCUGCUGAAGCGCAAGCCGGACGGUGUCCUCCCGAACGGUCUGAAUGUCAAGAAAUUUUCCGCUAUGCACGAGUUCCAGAACUUGCACUCACAAGCCAAGGAGAAGAUCAAUGAUUUCGUUCGUGGUCACUUCUACGGUCACAAUGAUUUCGAUUUGGAUGACACUCUGUACAUGUUCACCGCUGGUCGGUACGAGUAUCGGAAUAAGGGUGUGGAUAUGUUCAUCGAAGGUCUGGCUCGUCUCAACCACCGAUUGAAGACCAGUGGCUCGACCACUACUGUGGUCGCCUUUAUCAUCAUGCCCGCGCAAACCUCUUCUUUGACUGUGGAGUCUCUCAAAGGCCAAGCCGUGGUGAAGUCCCUCCGUGACACGAUUGAGAACAUCGAGAAAGGCAUUGGCAAGCGUAUGUAUGAGCGUUGUCUCUCGUGGAGGGAGGGUGAAAACAUGCCCGACGAGAAGGACCUUAUCACUAGUCAGGAUCGGGUGCUUCUGCGCCGCCGCCUGUUUGCGAUGAAACGCCACGGCCUCCCUCCUAUUGUCACGCACAAUAUGGUGAAUGACCACGAGGAUCCCAUCCUGAACCAGCUACGCCGCGUGGAACUGUUCAAUAACUCCUCCGAUCGCGUCAAGAUUGUGUUCCAUCCCGAGUUCCUCAAUUCCUCCAACCCGGUGCUGCCACUUGACUAUGAUGACUUUGUUCGUGGAACCCACUUGGGAGUGUUCCCCUCCUACUACGAGCCUUGGGGAUACACUCCCGCCGAGUGCACGGUGAUGGGUGUGCCAAGUAUCACCACCAAUCUAUCAGGAUUUGGAUGCUACAUGGAAGAGCUGAUCGAGAACUCAUCUGACUACGGUAUCUACAUCGUAGACCGUCGGUCGAAGGGAGUAGACGACUCAGUCAACCAGCUGACCGACUUCAUGUUCAACUUCACCACGAAGAGCCGACGUCAAAGAAUUAACCAGCGUAACCGGACUGAGAGAUUGAGUGAUCUACUUGACUGGAAGCGGAUGGGUCUGGAGUACGUCAAGGCACGCCAAUUGGCUCUCCGCAGAGCCUAUCCCUCUUCGUUCGAUGAGAAAGAGGAUUAUUUCGAUAUCAUCGGUGGCACAGACCAGAAGAUCUCUCGCCCCCUGUCUGUUCCAGGUUCUCCUCGCGAUCGUACCGGCAUGAUGACCCCCGGUGAUUUUGCCUCGCUCCAGGAAGGCCGGGAAGGACUGACCACAGAAGACUAUGUCGCCUGGAAACUUCCUGAGGAGGAAGAACCCGAUGAUCACUUUUAUCCACUCACGCUCCGGACUCGGAAGUCUGGUGACCGGCCACAGUCCCCCUUGGAUAGCAUAUCGGUAAACGGAGAUACCCCUAAGAUUGAAAACGCGUGA